AUGUCCAACAUCCUGCCUCUGCACCACGCGUACUACCCCUCGCGCCAGUCGUCGCUCUCGAAACCAGUCAACCCCGUACAGGCAGCCUCCACGUCCGCGUCUGCAGCCACGAUCCGCCCACAGUCGAACGUACAAUCGCAACCACAAGCGCAGCACAUAGCAAUGAGCGGGAACGCAAGCCAAGGGCCUGGGCUGCGGUAUCCUUCGAACAAGAAGAGCAUAUACGAUAGGAACCUGAAUCGUAGCAAGAAUGCCGAACUUAGUAGAGCGGCGUUUGCAUACCUCUUCAUUGAGAUGAUUGCAUAUGCGCAAAAGGGCGCAAAGGAUGUGGGGGACUUGGAGCAGAGACUAAACACCCAAGGCUACCCCAUCGGCCUCCGUCUACUUGACCUUCUCCUUUCCCGCACCGCCAACCCCCUCGCUAGUAUUCGACCCACACGUAUCCUGCCUCUGCUGCAGUUCAUCGCACAGCAACUAUACCGCUACCUCUUCGGUCGCCCCGCCGACGCGUUAGAAAAGUCUGGUACCGAUCCCGGGCAGUACAUGCUCUUCGACAACGACCCUAUGGUCAACCAAUACAUAAGCUUGCCCAAGGAACUGUCAAGUCUGAAUUGUGCGGCCUUUGUGGCGGGCAUAAUUUAG